GGUUGGGUUCCUUUUUAUAUCAACUUUGUCGUCGCAAUUAACUCUUUACAUUUGAAUUUCUUGCUACUUCUGUAGCCCAUUUCACUUGAUUUAUUUGUUUUGCAAGCGGGAUCCACAUUGCACUUUUUAUAGGGGCGUCUAAGAGGUGCAGCCAGCGAUGGUCCGCAAAGGCAAAGAAACAGUUAAAGAUGCUGGUGCCAACGUGGAGGAGCAUCCCGGUGGCGGCCAUAUCACAGUCACGGCGCAGCAGAGUCGGUAUGCGCUUGAUGCUGUAGAUGCACCUGCGUCAAAGGAGAUCCUCAUCAAAGACCUAUCUAUCAGCGUCGCAAACCGUGAACUGCUGUCUCAUGCAUUAUUGCAUCUCGUCGAAGGACGCCAUUAUGUCCUUGUUGGCCGCAACGGGACGGGAAAAUCUACGCUUCUGAAAGCGAUUGCGGAUGGCCUUAUUCCAGGCAUCCCGUGGAGCACGAGGAUUUUGCUACUUGGGCAAACGAGAGAUACGUUCGAAGAUGAGCUCGGCGGGCUGAAGCUUGAAGACGAGACAGUGCUGCAGCAUGUUGUGAGGAGCGAUCGAGUGCGAGAGCGGUAUAUGCGGGAAGUUAGGGUGUUAGAGCCAGCAGUUGAACACCCGAGUGAUCCUCUUGCGCCUGUGAGAGCGUUUAGGAAGAUUGGUCAUGAGAGACUGGGCGUGCAGUUGAAAGAGGCGCAUCGGAUUGCGGAAAGGAGAAGUGGAGCGCGGGGAAAGCAGGCAAGGAAAGAGUUGAUUAAAUUGGAGGAGAGGUUUGAAGAGUCGAAAGAGAGGUUGGAGCAGCAUGAAAGCGAGAUUGAACCGGCGAAGCUGAGCGAAGAGACGCAGGCGGCGGCGGAUAUGUUGGCGAAUGUGCAGACCGUACUCGAGCUUAUAGACGCUUCCCAAGCAGAGGCUAAAGCGAGGAGUGUGUUGCUUGGUUUGGGUUUUAAGGAAGUCGUCAUUGAUAAGCCGAUUUCGAGACUUUCCGGAGGAUGGAAGACUCGCUGCGAUCUUGCAUGCGCACUUUGCCAAUAUGCGGAUGUUCUUCUUCUGGACGAGCCGACGAACUUCCUGGAUCUUCCGUCGAUUAUAUGGCUGCAGAGCUAUAUCCAGAACCUGACACAGACUACAGUCCUCAUCACCACCCACGAUCGGGAUUUCGGGGACGCAGUGGCAGAGGAGCUGAUCAUGCUUCGCCAUCAGAUUCUGGAGAAAUUCCGUGGAAACCUCAGCCUUUACGAGCGAGAACGACAGAAGAAGACGCGUUACAUGACGAAGAUGAAAGAGGCGCAGGAAAGACAGAAGAAGCACAUGGAAAAAACAGUCCAGGGCAAUAUCAAAGCUGCAAAAGAGAGAGGUGACGAUAAGAAAUUGAAACAAGCAGCAUCACGAAAGAAGAAAUUGGACGAGCGGAUGGGAAUGGAGGUUAACCAAAAGGGAGGAAGAUUCAAGCUAAAUCGUGAUUUGCCUGGAUACCAUUUAAGUGUAAGGGCGGAUAUUGAGAUUCCGGACUUUGAUCCUCCGGUCAAGAUGGCUUUUCCAAAACAACCGCCAGAUCUUCGAUUCCCAGGAGCUUUGGUGACAUUGGAGAAGGUGUGUUUUUCCUAUCCAAGUCGGAGGAGCGCACCAGUAUUGGUUGAUAUUGAUUUGACUAUCCAUCCUGGAGCGAGAGUGGGACUAGCUGGGCUUAAUGGAUCUGGGAAAACGACAUUGGUAUCUCUCAUCAUGGGCGGCGGAGAUGAUGGAGUCGGAGGACUCACUCCGACGAAAGGCACUAUCAGUAGACACCCCCGUGCGAAGUUCGGGCGCUUUUCCCAGGAAUCGGUGGAGGAGAUUGCUGCAAUUGCGGCACAGAGUCCCAACCUGACGGCACUGUCACAUUUAAUAGAGGCUGCUGGAGAUGAGAUGACAGAGAAAGACGCUCGUCAGAUUUUGGGGUCACUUGGACUGCAGGGUCCGACAGCGUCAGACGUUCCACUUGGGCUAUUGUCUGGGGGGCAGAAAGUGCGACUUGCACUGGCGAAGCUUUUGUGGCCGCCGCCUCAGCUGCUGAUUCUAGAUGAAGUGACAACGCACCUCGACGCCGACACCAUCCUUAGCCUCGUAAAUGCACUGCGGGAAUACGAGGGAGCGGUGCUAGUUGUCACUCACGACCGCUUUUUCAUGAGGACCGUGGUUGAAGGGGAGAGCCCGUACAAGCUAGCGCCAGGGGUUCAGGCGGGCGAGGGUCCAGAAGAGGAGGAAUCCGAGGAAGAGGAAGAGACAGGGGCACCAGCAGGAACCGUCUUUCGCCUCGUCAAGGGCCAAUUGAAGAGAGUGGAUGGAGGGAUGGAGCAGUACGAGGAAAUUGCGUCGCGGACGGCGGCGAAGCUGGAGAAGAAGCAGGCUGCAUAGCACACGAGACGACAGGAGCAACUGAGACGAGCGACAGCUCCCCAGAACAGUUCAGAUGGAGUUUUAGGGUUCUAAACCAAAGUCUUGUGUGCGUUUGGACCAAUUUCCAAGGGUUUUGCGGGCGGGUGCUUCCCGCGAGGGCCCAUGCGCGGUUGGCGUCCCCAAGUCCGCAGGGCCAGCGUGGAACCUCCCAGGGGAGAGCCCAUUUUUUAGGGGCAAGAGGGUGCUGCCAAGCAGUAGUAAUAUUGUUGUUGUCG